GACAAGUGAUGAAAUAUGUUAAUGGAUGAUGAAAUUUAGUUAUUGAGUCAACGGAAAGGAUGUAAUAUUUUUAUAGCAGCUGUUUGAUUUUCUGUGCAAGUCUUAUAUUUCCAGUUUGUUGUUUAUGUUUCCGAUGCGGUAGCGUUGUUUUGAAAGGUGUAUUGUUUGUAACAGUUUAGUUGGUUUUUUACGUAUUAAAGUGUUUUUUACAAACCAACACACACAAAAAUUGCUAAAAGAAGGCUUGAAGUUGCUACUGGAAUAGUUCUUUUCUAGGUAACAAGUGUUACGGGAGUUUGCUAAAGCCUAUACUGUCAAUGUUGAUUUGUGCAGUUGCAAGUUGAAAUUUCUCAAAGAUUUCUUAACUUAGAGGCACCAAAUUUUUAACACAUGUGUUAUAAAGUUGAGAUUUCUUCUUAAAAUUAUGAAAAAUUAAAAAUUUAUAAAAAAUAAACAAAAUAACGAGUUUUAAAAAUUGUUAUUUUACUACAACUAUGUUUUGUUUACUUUGUUAAGAUGCCCAAUAAGUAUAAAAAACUCAGUAGGUUUGGAAUAAUAUACUGAAUAUGUGAUUUAUGUCUUGGGAACUUUUUAAGAAAUAUUCCUUUUUAUAAUAAAAAAUACAGCAUUGGGAAGAAACAGAGUUUUAGUAAACGCUGGCUCCAUAGGAGAUUCCAAAUUUGCUGUCUUUGUUUUCCAUUUCAACCUCAAGCCAUCUCUUAGCAAAUUUUGCUCUCUAUUUGGGGUUCCUUAAGAUAAGAGUUCUUUAAUGUUUGAGGCACUUCGUAAAACCUUGUUUUGGUCAUCAAAUAUGCCUUCUAUUGAAGAUCCAGGCUUAGGAGUAGAUAGGUUGAGCUAGACUUGGCUAUUUGGCUGGAUCAAUCACCCUGACUUUUCCUAAAUUUAAAAACACAAUUGAUGAGAAAUGAUCUAAGCAUGAUAAUGCAUAAAACUAUGGCAAUAUCAUUUUGGUACGCAAGAAACCCAAUUAAACUGUUAAAAACAAUACUCCUUUCAAAACAAGGCUACCGCAUCAUAAACAUCUACAAAAACUACAAAUAUAUUAGUAGCAUAGAAAAUCAAACAGAUGGUCACAGUUCACUGUUACUAAAAUUUUUAACAUUCCCAAAACAUAAAUGCUCAACAAAGUUGUGUUUUAAAUAAGAAAUAAUACAACGUGGACAAAUGCAGAACGUGAAGAGUUGAGCAACUCAACUAUAAUGCUGUAGCUUAAUAUUACACCCUCUCCGUUGACUCAACAACUAAAUUUCAUCAUCCAUUAAGAUAUGUCAUCAAUUGUCCAACAAUAUAGUACAUCAACGUUAUCUUUGGCAUUGGGGCUAAAGAUGUGACUUCAGCUGGCCUUGUAUUAUAACAGGAGCGACUCCAAUAUCUCAGCAUCUCCAAAACAGAGAUAUGCCCUCAAGGUCAACUUCCAAUGGACAUUCCAAACUUCAGAUACUGAUAACAUCAAGAACUUUUACAUAUCACCACUUACUGUUAAUUUCUUACAUAUAAAUAUGAUGUAAUCAAGCUUUCAUUCUAUCCAAACUGGUAUAAAACCUGAGAAUGCAACCUGACAAUAUCUUCAAUAUUCCUUAUAUGAAAUCAGAAAUUUGAAAUUAAUUUGAUUGGUGAAAGGCUUGAUUUAUACCAGAUAGGAUAUUUAUAUUUUAUUAGCUGAGAAAAUACUAUAUGGUUUAUAGUAAACUUUGAUGUAAAAUAAAUAAAGAGAGAAUGCAAAGUUUUUCUCGGAGAAAUAACAUAAAACUCUUUAAACAACAUUUGAAAAGAACGGCACUCAAAUCAUUGUAGCAGUAUGCAAAAAAUAAAGCGAUAUGACAUUACAGACAAAAGUAGUAAUAAUAAAACUGACAAAUAGUUGAUUGUUUCAGAUCAGUUAUAAACUUAGUGUUUAUAGAUUUAUAGUGAAAUGUGUUUUGUUCAACUUCUUUUGUGAACAUGGAUCAAUUUACUUUAGCUGAUUACAGCAGUGAACUGGACCGUGAGUUAGAAUACUCAGAAAGUGCAUCUGAACAUUCUAGUUCUGAUUUUGUAGACGACACGGACGAAGACCCUGACUUCCAGCUUGAAGAUAUAUUUUAUGACUCUGAAAAUUUUAUUAACCCCACACCAUCCCCGCCCACAAAUAUUAGGUUGCCCACAUGGACUAACGAUCUGGAUUCAACUGACUUCGACAUGAAUGCAUCUCCAAAACUGCCCAUAAGAACAUUCCGAACGUAAAAUACCAGUUAACACUGAGCAUUACCAGUAUAACAUCACUUGUCACUGUCUUACAAAUAAAUAUGAUUUAAUCAAGCGUUAUGCUACUUGCGUGGUCUAAAGAUCUGGCUGCGACCGACUUUGGGUAUGAAAAUUAACGACUUCGACAUGUCUGCAUCUCCGAAACUGCACUAGGCCAUGAGAAAAUUCCGAAUGUGAAAUACCAGUAUAACAUCACUUGUCAAUGUCUUACAAAUAAAUAUGAUCUAAUCAAGUUUUAUUUAUCCAAACUGAUGUCCAACUCGAGGGGCUGGAGAAAUUUUCCAUUUACCUCUUCGUAUUUUAUCUCGAAAAUUAACUGAGCUACUGACUAAAAAGUUUUGGAUGAAGAUUCAUUUAUAUAGGAUUAUACUAGGAUUAGCAACAUUGAGUCCGAUGAUGGUGCAUCUCAUCCCAUGUGAUUUGCCCCUGUAAAUAUUUAUACAAUUGUUCUAUGAGUAACCUUGGUGACAACGAGAAAAUAGCAAAGUAAUACAUUUAACCCAUUGAGGAACUUGUCCGAGAGUUACUCGUUGCCAGCGAGAGCAUGAUGGUGCUACACUCAUUGUGUUCUUUGUAGACGCUAACGAUACACAUAAUUGUUUGUUUGUUCUCUAGAUCGCAAUUGUGUGCCAUCUUGAAUCCUUAUGAACAAAUCGUUCCGUUUCGUUUUCUUAUGUUAGCACUUUCGUUAUUGUUUAUACUUUGUCAUGUGCUCAAUUUUUAUCGCAUCAAUAUUCUGCUUAUUGUGAUCUCCAUGUUUAGUGUUUAACUAUUUAUAGUUGUUUAACGAGUUUUUAGUUCAUUCGCUAACUUAUGGAACAAGACAAUUCGCGUACUUCAGAAAUAGACAGAUGCUUGGACAGUGAUACUGAAUUGUGACAGCGAACCGAUAACAGGUUUGACGACGUAAUUAUAAAACACCAAAAGCGAGGUCUGCUGAUUGUUUACGAUGAAGAAUUUUAUGUAUUGGGAUUAUCGAAACGUCAAGGUAAUGACAUUAGGACUAAAAAUAACGUAAAUAAAAGGGCUAGGUUGUGAUGUCGAUUGAGAUGAAAGCUUAACUGUGACUACUGAUUCUAUUAGGCUCGAGUCAAAGAAUUCAUUUGGGUGUUGUUUAUUACCGAUAAGCGUAGGCAUAUCCUAUAGGGAUAUCCAGGUGGCACUGGUGUGGUUCGGCUGGGCUAUCUUUGGCUCCGUUAUUUUAGUGCUUUUUGAUAUAGAAAAAGUAAUAUUUGUCUGUGUAUUUCGCUCAAAUUGUAAAUUAAACUUGAUCUACAAUGGAAAAUAGCGAGGGCAACAAUAAUUGUGGCAAAUGUAAUGAAGAGCUGUCAAAUGAUGGGGACUACGCCAUUUGUAGGUUAUGUCGGGUAGGCUAUCAUUUUGGCGAAUGUAGUAUUCGGGGCCAGUCUUGGGAGGGUUUGGGUAAGGCUGGUCAAUCCAAGUGGUCCUGCGCAACUUGCAGAAGAAAGGAUAAGCCUGCGAGUACUUCCGAGGAAGGUCAUAGUGAUUCCGUCCCGGUUAACAUAGCUGCUAAGCUUGAUAGCUUACUGAAAAUGAAAAAAACUGUCGAUGAUGUACAAAAGACUCUAGAGUAUAUGUCAGAAAAAUAUGAUGUAAUUAUAGAAGAAAUAAAAUCACUAAGGGAGGAAAAUAGGGUCACCAAGAGAGAACUCAGUGAGGUUAGGAAGAGGUUAGUGAGGAGUGAAGAUGAUGUGAAAUCUCUUACUGAGCGCCUAAAUGACCUGGACCAGUAUGGGAGAAGAGUUAAACUUGAGAUACAGAGUGUUCCGGUCCGUGGAGAAAAUUUGGAAGAUGAGAAGACCGAAGAAGUGGUUAGAGACCUGGCAGGUGGAAUAAAUGUUCCCUAUGUUCCCGAACAAAUCCGUAAACUGCACAGACUACAAAGAAGGAGUGACGACAGGCCGCCCGCUAUAAUGAUCCAGUUUAUGACCAGUACUGCUAGGGGAACAUUGCUACUAGCUGGCAAGAAGGCACGGUUGUCCGAUAAAUCGUCAGGUCAGAAGAUUUAUUUCAACGAAAUCCUGACCUAUUUUUUCAAGGGACUUCUGAAGGAGGCUAAAUCCAAAACAAGGAUCCACAACCACAGGUUUGUUUGGUUCAAAAAUGGAAAAAUCAUGGUUAAGAAAAAUGAGGAAGAUAGAAACAUUAUUGUAAUAAAAACAUUAGAUGACAUUAACAAAAUUGGUUAGCUAAUCUAAAACCAAUGUAUCUCAUUGAAUUUGCAUCUCA